AUGGUUGCGGCUAAAAAACAGAAAAAGACCAUCGAGUCUAUCAACUCUCGAUUGGCUCUGGUAAUGAAAUCUGGCAAAUACUGUCUGGGAUACAAGCAAACAUUAAAAACCUUACGUCAAGGAAAAGCUAAGCUGGUCAUCAUUGCUAAGAACGCACCACCACUGAGGAAAUCUGAGAUUGAAUACUAUGCUCUGUUGGCCAAAACUGGAGUGCACCACUACAGUGGCAACAACAUUGAAUUAGGUACAGCCUGUGGAAAGUACUACAGGGUGUGCACAUUAGCCAUCACCGACCCAGGAGAUUCUGACAUCAUCACUACCCUCCCUGAGGCAACAGCU